AUGGAAAGUAUAAAAUAGCUCUUAAUAGAUGUACUCAAUAUUAUUGAUAAAGUAUAAUUUUUUUCUUAUUAGGAUGUUGUGGAAGCAUAUUAAUAAAUGAAUAAGUAAACUACCAAAGAGAUUUGUGAAUAGUCUCAAAAAUAAUAAUAUGAAUACAUACUUUAAAUUGUAGCUUAUUUGAAUCGGUUGCUAUGUUAUUUAAUACAAUUAUAGAAUCAAAUCUUUAUUUGAAGAAUAACUAGAUGAACAUAUUAAUAAUGAUUAUGAAUCAAUAAUAUAAGAUCUUGAAGCAUAAAUACGUUCUCAUAUAAGAGUAGAGUAAUAGUAAAAAUUGUAAAUUGAAGCUUUAAUGUAAAAAAUUGAAGAACUAAAUGUUUAAAAAGAUCUUAUAAUUUAACAGCAAUAAGAUAAAAUACGAUCUUUAGAAUAGAUGAUUAAAGUAUCUAUCUGAAUAUUUAUUAGGAUUAAAAUAAGAAAUUUUCAGACAAUUCUCCUAUAGAAAUAAUCCACAGGAAAACUCCUUCAGCUUUUGAGAGGUUGGGCAAAUUUGUUCAAAAUAAAGCUUAGAAAUCAAAUCAAAAUUCUACUUAUGAAACAAAUUUGAAGAUUUUCUCAAAGGUUUGUCAUACAGAUGCUGAUCGUUCACUCUCUAAAGGAAGAAUAUAAAUGUCAGGAAAAAAAGAUCUAGGGUUACAUAGAAUAAAUGAUGAAACCUAAUAAUUUCUUGAAUCUAAAAUGACAGAAACUGAAAGAUAACGAGAUAAUGUACGUCAUAAACUUUAAAGGUCAGAUAAAACUAAUGAAUUAUAACAUUAAACAGCAAGUCCUGAAAAAUAGUUAUAAUUAAUGAAAUAUAAAGGGCUAUCAAAGGUUAAUUAAAUAUGUAUCAUAGUAAUUUGACUCUUAAAAAUUAGAAUAAACAGUCUCUAGUUAAAGUUUUGAAUAAGCAGGUAAGAAUUUAAUUGCAUUACAAAAAUAAAUUUCUAAUGGUCGUCUAAAAAAUAUGUAAGGAACUUAAUUACUUAAAUUUUUAUAAAAAAAAUGA